AUGACAAGUAACGGUUUAGGCGUGAAGGAACCACGACCACGUUUAUGUCAUCUUCAUCGGUGGCCAGAUUUUUCUGGUUAUGGUUUUAAUUUACAUUCAGAAAAAUCUAAACCUGGUCAAUAUAUUGGUAAAGUGGAUCCAAAUUCACCGGCUGUUUCAGCUGGUUUACGUGAAAAAGAUCGUAUAAUUGAAGUUAAUUUUGCUCCUAUUGGAAAUGAAAAUCAUAAACAAGUUGUACAAAGAAUAAAAGAAGGUGUAACGAGAAAUGGUACAAAAUAUCCUGAAGAAGUUAUUUUAUUAGUACUUGAUCCAGAUGCUGAUGAAUAUUAUAAAAGUAAAUCAAUAGUUGUUAAAAGUUCAGAUCCAAAUGUUGAAAAAUGUGAAACAAAAAAUCCAGAUGAAACAAAUCAUAGUGAUCAUUCACCUUAUUCAUCGAACAGAAAUAUUAACAAAACAAAUGAUUCACCUUAUUCAUCGGACCGAAAUAUUAACAAAACAAAUGAUUCACCUUAUUCAUCAAAUAGAAAUAUUAGCAAAACAAAUGAUUCACCUUAUUCAUCGAACAGAAAUAUUAACAAAACAAAUGAUUCACCUUAUUCAUCGGAUAGACAUAUUAACAAAACAACUGAUUCACCUAUUGUACGACAAACAUCACAACAAAAAAAGCCAAAUGAAUCUGAUCGGGACUAUAAACAUGUUACUGAUUUUACCCGUCCACAAGUCACACAAACUAGAAGUGUUGAUUCACCUGUGACAUCACGAGCAUCCAAUCAAAAUUAUAUGAAUUCUAAUGAUCAUGAAACUAGUACCCAAUCAGCUCAUUCUACUCCAGCCAGAAAUAAACGUACAAAUAUAUCUCAAUCAUCAUCAUCUGGUAAUGGAUCCGGAGGAUUAGUUGACCUUCAAAUGUCCGCAGCUGAAUAUCGAGAAAAAUUAAAAUCACAAAAUGUUCGUAAACGUGAUUUACCAAAAAAUGCUCAUAUGUCUAUGAAAGAAAAACAUGAUCUUAUUGAUCGUUUGUAA